AUGUCUCAUGCCCAUCAGAAAGGGGACUUGAUCCCCGCAGAGGAAUUGGACGCCUACGGUGUAAUCACCAUGGCCCUGAUUUCUUUCCAGUCCGACACCAAGUCGGAAGAGGCUCCUCAGAGUGAGCCUGAUUCUUUGUUCCCUGAGUGGAUGCAGCCGCACUGCUACCGGCCCAAUACCACGGCACUGUGUGAGAUCCAGCGCUACCAGAAGUCCACCGAGCUGCUUAUCCGCAAGUUUCUAUACCAGCAGCUGGUGAGCGAGAAGGCACAGGACUUCAGGUCCAACCUGUGCUCCCGGAGCUCUGCCGUCAUGGCGCUGCAGGAGAAGUGUGAGGCCUACCUGUUGGGGCUCUUCAAGGAUACCAACUUUUGCACCAUUCACGCCAAGCACAUUACUAUUCUGCCCAAGGACAUCCAGCUGGUGUGCAGAAUUUUCGGAGAGAGGGCAUAA